AUGCCCCCGCCAGACCCAGACAGGCCUCUCAAAAAUCCACCUACAUCUCCUUUCCACCCAUCGCGCACCUCCACAACGCUCUCCAAACACCGCUCCAACCCCAACCUUCGCCCCUACCCCCUCUCGUCCCCCGCCGCAGCCAAAGACUUUCCAAGAGAAGUGAGGCUCCGAAGGCGAACCAGCUACGCGAGACUGGAUAGAAUUCACAGCGCCCCAAGCAAGGAGGAGCUGGGCACAGAUGAGGAUGAGAUUAUGGAGUCGGCGAGUGAGGAGGAGGAUGUGUUUGUAUCGCCUUCAGUGGGGUACCGGUAUGGAAAGAAGAGUCUACUGAGAGGGGCGAUGUCAAUGAGCAAUCUGCGGUCAUCCCGGUCGUCAGUGGAUCGGAGUCGGGGCACGAUGGAGAGGGCUCUACUCGGGUCUCCCAUUCGCAAGCAAGCGACGAGGCGUGGCUCCUCUGCCGUCUUGUUGAACGGUCACAAUGACCUAACAAACAAUUCAACCCCAAGAUCUUCCACCUUCACCAAUCUCUUCAAAAGCUCUGAUCCCUUCGCGUCGUCUGCAUCGUACAUCUCUGGCUUUGGAUCAGCAACCGACAGUACCCUCACAAGCCCUCCUUCCAGCUCUUCUUCUUCUUCUUUCUCUUCUUCCUCCUCCGAGUCCGCUGUCUCCGAUAGUACAGUGAAACCACGGUCUUUUUUCUCCCCAUCGUCCGAGUCUUCUGAUGAAGACGACGAUGAUUUUGUACCAUCUCAAACGCCCACGGAUACUCCUCAGCGCACUAUCACCCAGCAGCCGACUCCAUCAACUACCACACCGGAAGACCGCUCGCCGAUAUCGAAUCAACCCUCUUCCCCGUCUUGGGAGACGCACCUCCCCUCUCCGCGAGCUUCAGAGGACGACCGCAUGGAUGCUAUUCAGAGUGGUGACGAAGACGAGAGCCAAUCGGACGAAACCGUACAUCAUCAAUCUUCGGUCAUUUCAACUGCUCUUGAGGAGACAGACACCAACAGCCAACGACGACCAGCCAGUCGAAUUUCCCGGGACCUCUUCCCCUCUUUGCCGACCAUGAAUGCCGCCCCACCGCCUCAAGUACCCCACGUCCUCUCGCCUCCUACCUCAUCUUCUGCUGUUUUGUUGUCCGAUAAUCGGUUUUUGGACUUGGAAUCGUCUCAAGUUGCUAGUACUGGGGAUGCGCGAGCCCAGUCGGAGAGUGUCUUGUCCGCCUUCGAACGAGAGCUCAGGGACACGAUAUCGAGCGCUUUCGACAUGCUUCAAGUCACUGCAGUAGCCGAUCCUUCAACGUCACCUUCCUUCGUCGAUACGCUCGACACUCAAGAGUCUCCGGUCAGGCUUCUGUCUGAACCUUCGUCGUCUCCCAGCUUGGACGUCAACGAUAACAGUACGAAUCAUUCGCCAAGAGGGGAAAGACGUUAG